AUGGCUCCCACGUACAAUGCAAGCACCACGGCCGCUGAACUAGUCGAUCAUCUCGCCGCCGAAAUCCAAGGCAAGGUGAUUCUCACGACUGGACCCUCUCCGAACAGCAUUGGAGCAACCUUCGUGGAGACGAUCGCACGCUCUAAGCCGGCCACGUUAAUCCUGGCGGGACGCAACACGGUUACGUUGCAGCAAACAGCAGACGCAAUAAACGCUGUAUCUCCACAAGUCUCAGUCCGGCUGCUGCAGCUCGAUCUGGCCUCGCUGUCUUCAGUCCGCCAAGCUGCGUCGGAGGUUAACAGCUGGAGUGAUCUGCCACAUAUCGAUAUCCUUGUCAAUAACGCAGGAAUUAUGGCUACUGGUUUUGCGCUCACUGCAGAUGGCUACGAGAGUCAGUUUGCCACGAACCACCUCGGCCCUUUCCUCUUCACCAACUUGGUGAUGGAUAAAAUCUUGAAUUCUCCAUCGCCGCGGGUGGUUAAUGUUAGCAGCGAUGGUCAUCGACUCAGUCCUAUCCGCUGGGGAGAUUACAACUUCCAGGAUGGUGAAACUUAUAACAAGUGGGCUGCCUACGGUCAGUCCAAGACAAGCAACAUCUUGAUGGCUACCCAUCUUGCGCAAAGACUGGGUUCCAAGGGCCUUACGGCGUAUAGUUUGCAUCCUGGUGUCGUUUUCGGCACUACCCUUGCGAAGGAUCUCGACUGGACUGUUGACCUCCCGGCAUUGCGCGCUGUCGAUAAAUUUAUGGGGAAUAAGGAGGGCUGGCUGGAGUUCAAACAAAAAAGUCCCCAAGAAGGAGCGGCGACCCAUGUGUAUGCUGCGUUUGAGCCAAGCCUUCGAGAUCACAAAGGUGCAUAUCUUCAGGACUGCCAUGUAGCAGAUCCUUGGACGGAUACCAUCAAGCCCUGGGCUACGGAUAAGGUCGAAGCUGAAAAAUUAUGGAAGCUGAGUGAGAAGCUCGUUGGGCAGGAAUUCCGCUAUUGA